CUGAAGUUUAUCUACUGAACCAUCAUUUAGACUUCAUCUUUUCAAGUCAUUCCUUGGAAACGAACAUUUGAUUAGACCACGCCCGUCGCCCACGAACCCACCGAAUUACAGGUUGGAUGGCGACGCCGCUAUCCUCCCUGGCUCGUGCUAGGGUGGGAGCUCUCCAGGCGCGAGCACCAGCUUUUGGCUCUUCAAGUGCAGCUCAGCAGAACGUUCUCAAGGCCGCCGUGGCUACAUGUACGCAUUUGCGUGGGGUGCAUUCUUUAGAAACAAUGCGGUGUUUCUGCAAUAUCGUGCAGAUCAGACUGCUUCUUUUCUUUCCUCCUCAGUUGAUCCUGCUGCUAGACUGAUUCCUGGGUGCUUGGAUUUGCCUAUAUCCCUCCCUAUAAACCCCAUAUUGCACGAUCUUCCGCUGUCACUGACGAUCGUUCGUUAAUCUUGUUUGACUAUAUACA